CGUAAGUUUGUUCGUUAUCGACCCCACUUUCCUUUGGUAAGAUGGCUCCGUUGUUGGUCCCACUGGAAUGCGUUUUACACCUACAGAGAAGAAAAUUAGCUAUUUUACUUCAACAGACAAGUUUUUAUCAUGUUUGGCGAGGAGGUAACAAACCGAAUGGGAAGCAACGGAAUCAACAGACUACUUAUUUGCUGAGCCCCAACCUGAGGACAGCCACGUGGACAGUCAACAGGAGUGACAACAGCAGACGUUUACUGGAAGCUGCAAAGCAUUUGCAGGUGACAGAUCGGACAUGUUGGCAUGGGAAUGCUGGUGGAAGAUUAAACGCAGACCCCAAAAAUGUGUUGAAGGAGGUGAAUUCCCGGACCAUCCUGUCUAACAUGCUGUCCUACGUGUGGCCCAAGGACCGGCCUGAUCUACGGGCUAGAGUUGCCAUCGCCCUGGGGCUGCUGGCUGGAGCUAAGAUGACCAACGUGAUGGUUCCCUUCAUGUUUAAGUAUGCUGUGGAUGAGCUGAACGGACUGUCAGGACACAUGUUGAACCUGAGCGACGCCCCCAACACCGUGGCUACCAUGGCAACCGCUGUUCUUAUUGGUUACGGUGUGUCCCGUGCCGGUUCGGCCCUCUUCAACGAGCUGCGGAACGCCGUGUUUGGGAAGGUGGCCCAGAGUUCCAUCCGGCGUAUCGCCAAGAACGUGUUCCUGCACCUCCACAGCCUGGACCUGGGCUUCCACCUGUCCCGCCAGACGGGGGCGUUGUCAAAGGCCAUUGAUAGGGGCACCAGGGGCAUCUCCUUCGUCCUCUCUGCCAUUGUCUUCAACCUGGGACCCACUGCGCUGGAGAUGGGGCUGGUCUCUGCUAUCCUGUAUUAUAAAUGCGGGGUGGAAUUUGCUGCGGUGACUCUGGGUACUCUGGGAGCGUAUACAGCCUUCACCAUUGCUGUCACACAGUGGAGGACUCGGUUCAGGAUAGAGAUGAACAAUGCAGACAACGAGGCAGGAAACGCUGCCAUUGACUCCUUACUGAACUAUGAGACCGUUAAGUAUUUCAACAAUGAGAAGUAUGAAGCAGAGAAGUAUGAUGGUUAUCUGAAGAGCUACGAGUCCUCCUCCCUGAAGACCACCUAUACCCUGGCCAUGCUCAACUUUGGACAGAGUGCCAUCUUUAGUGUGGGCCUCACUGGUAUCAUGGUGCUAGCUAGCAAGGGGAUCAUGGCAGGCUCUAUGACAGUAGGAGACCUGGUGAUGGUGAAUGGUCUUCUGUUCCAGCUCUCUCUGCCUCUUAACUUCCUGGGCACCGUGUACAGAGAGACACGCCAGGCCCUGAUCGACAUGAAUACACUCUUCACACUGCUCAGUAUUGACACCAAGAUCAAGGAGAGAGAUCUGGCCCCUUCUCUCUCCGUCACCCCUCAAGAAGCCACCAUCAGGUUUGAGGAUGUCUACUUUGAGUACCUGGAAGGACAGAAGGUUCUAGAGGGCGUCUCCUUCCAGGUGCCGGCUGGGAAGAAGGUGGCCAUCGUAGGAGGGAGCGGAUCAGGGAAGAGCACCAUAAUGCGUAUGUUGUUCCGGUUUUACGAGCCCCAGAAGGGAAACAUCUACAUCGCUGGACAGAACAUCAGAGACGUUGGACUGGACAGCCUGCGACGGGCCGUAGGGGUGGUACCACAGGAUGCAGUGCUCUUCCACAACACCAUCUUCUACAACCUUCAGUACGGGAACAUCAACGCCACGCCAGAGGAGGUGUACCAGGUGGCACGGCUGGCAGGGAUCCACGACGCCAUCCUCAGGAUGCCCCACGGAUACGAGACUCAGGUCGGCGAGAGGGGACUCAAACUGUCAGGUGGGGAGAAGCAGCGUGUGGCCAUAGCCAGGGCCAUACUGAAGAACCCUCCCAUCCUGCUGUAUGACGAAGCUACCUCCUCACUGGACUCUAUCACUGAGGAGAACAUUCUUAAUUCCAUGAAGGGUCUGGUCCAGAACCGGACGUCGGUGUUCAUCGCUCACAGACUGUCCACCAUCGUAGACGCAGAUGAGAUCAUCGUACUCAACAAGGGUAAGAUAGCAGAGCGAGGGGACCACCACUCUCUCCUGGCUACUCCAGGCUCUCUGUAUGCUGACCUGUGGAACACUCAGAACAGUAAGAUACUGAACAUUAAGAACAGCCUGGUGGAACUGCAGCCAGAGAGACUCAGCCAGAAGGAGGAGGAGAGGAAGAAACUACAGGAGGAGAUCAUGAACAGUGUCAAGGGCUGUGGGAACUGCUCCUGUUGAGGAGAGACCAGGAGGUGCCACCUCCCUCCACCUGUCCGUCCACUGACAACCUGCGCUCAGUACUUUACAUUACACCGCUCUCCAUCUCACCCCUGCCAAGCCCCUCCCCCAGCUCCUCCCGGGAAGGCGAUUGGUGCCCGAAGAGGAGACUUGAGGAGCAAGGCUGUCUGCCAUUGGCUAAUGUCUGCAGAGAGGCAAUGUUCGUCUGCCAAUCCUCUCCUCAAACCAAGCAUAAGAGACCUUGUAUAGGACGACGACGUCGUGCUGUAUAGGACGACGACGUCGUGCUGUAUAGGACGACGACGUCGUGCUGUAUAGGACGACGACGUCGUGCUGUAUAGGACGACGACGUCGUGCUGUAUAGGACGACGACGUCGUGCUGUAUAGGACGACGACGACGACGUCGUGCUGUAUAGGACGACGACAUCGUGUAAGAACAUUACUGAUCAACAUGAGGAGUCUGUUUCAUUCUGAAGAUUUGUACCAAAUGCCACCCUAUUGGCCCUGGUCUGAAGUAGUGCACUAUAUAGGGAAUAGGGCCCUGGUCUGAAGUAGUGCACUAUAUAGGGAAAAGGGUGCUGUUUGGGAUGAAACCGGAGGUAUUUGGAUUAGGUAUUUCUGACCGCUUUCUCCUGUAGGAAGAUGGAUGCCUUGAUGUUGAUUUGAAUACAUUUUUAACUAGUUCUUCCAUAUGGUUGAGAAGUGUAGGUAGGUGUUUUAUAUUACGGAUUUGUAUAUAUCUCUAUAUCAGGGUUAAAAGGCUUCUGACUUUUACUGGACACACAUUGUCCAGGUAUAUCUAUCGCUAUAAAAAUGACCUUUACUCAAAAUAAUCUUUACUUGGUGGGUGGUUCAAUCUUUUAGAAGGUUUCACCAAGAACAGAAAACGCACACGCCUAGCUAAAGAUAAUUUAUUACAAAUAAUGAAUAUUAGACGUCAUCAUUAAUUGUCCUGUUUUAUUGAGUAGAGAUCUUUAUCAGAGAACAUGAAUUGUCAGGAACAUCACGUAUGUUGAAGACUGGCUGGCUAUAGUUUGUUUUUGACUGAAGAGUCGUAUCUGUUUUAAUGGAGGGUAUAUUGGUACGAGUGUUAGGCCAAUAGCCAAUACAAUCUCUUAACGGGUUACCAACCUAUUGAAAUAAUGAUUCACAUAUUUUCAUUCAAAACGUUAUUUCGAUGAAUUCAUUCAUACUAUUUCAAACUUCCAUAAGAUAAAGUCCCGACACAUCUCUGGUUGCUACCCCAAGCGGACUGGUCGUUCGUUCUAUUGGUUCUUAUUCCUUGCUAGCUAGCCAACUAUGGCUAACUUACUGUCACGUCAAAAAGAGCAGACAGAAUAACAAUUGUUGCUGCAUUUGUUUAAGCUGUUUUCUAGUGAGAUUUAGUUGGAUACAUCAAUAACAAUGAGCUAAUGAGAUGGGAUUUCACCUGGCAUAGAAAAUGUGGUCUCUCAACAACACCGCUUACACAAUCACUUGAAAAUGUCGGACAGACAAAGUUUUAUACAAAUGUCCACUGUUGAAAUCUACAUUUUAGUCUAAAAGUUAUAAGAAUGUCUCGAUGAUUUUUAUAGUGGAGAUAAAGGUUAUAAAUUGCCUGGCUGGGCUGAUGAGACAGUGGAAUGUGCAGUCAGAUGGAACAGAGUAAAUAGGCAUUUUAACGUCAUAGAUUUAGCCGGUGGUAACUUCGGGAAUAAACACCAGCUGGAAUCUGGUUUUAAUUUAGGAUUCGACCCACCCGUUGUACAUUGAUCACAGCCUUUUGAGAGUUUUGACUAAAGUUUUGACUAAAGCUAGUCUGAAGAAGCUUCUAUUCACGAUUAAUUUCUACCUUUUACUUAAAUGCACACUUAUGGUCUCUUUUGGAUUGUCUAACAACUAUGUUCUAGAUUAAAGAUUGUCUGAUAUUCACAUGGGUUAGGUAUUGUAUUGCCUUGUUAUUUGAGGGGAGCUUUUUGGUCAGAUCAGUGCCCGUGUUGCAUGACGUCGUCACGUACAGUUUGUUAGAACAGAAUACCAGUUGGGCUUGUUGUACAGCAGUAAUGUGUAUAAUUAUAUAAAGGCACUGGAGAAAGACAAGGAGCAGUGACGUUCGUGUGCCUAUAGUAUAUUGUUCCUAUGAUCUGUCAGUCAAUAAAGGGGAUGUCUUUCUUAA